UCUCCUCUGGUUUUACUCUCUCUGAACUUUGCUGCAGGGCUUAUCUUCACUCAUCGGCCUCCUGAGGAGAGCCAAUGAACGGAAGACAGAAUUGCUCAGCCUGUUUUCUCAGUGUUUGCCUGGGUUCUCAGCACAGGAAGCUCUGAAAAGCGCUCUGAAAAGUCAGAAGGAGGAACCUCUCCAGUUUUGAGGAGCCAGUCAGUCAGGAGCAUGCACAGCUAAAGGAGAGGCAUGGGAAAGGGGGAGAGGAAACACUGGCUGCUGAGGAUGUACUGGCAGGCAAGAAAUGCUCCCCAUGACCACAGUUAAGCUGGUGGAAGGAUGGAUGGAGUGAGGGAGCUGCCUGAGCCAUGAAAGCAGGAACCAACAUGACGAUUGCUGGGAAGAUCGUGUAUGUUCUUCUGCUGCUCACCAUCACCAUGGUCAUGAGAUCAGCAGGUGAGUCUAAUUUGGACCAGUUGGCCAUUGGGAUGUGAGAAUGGGAAAUGUGCACAGCUCCUUUCUUUAUAAAAGUUAUAAAUAAUUCUGUGGCUUUAAUUAAGUGCUAAAAAUUAUGAAGCAAAAUUAAGAUAUGCUUUCCCAAUACCCACUCCUGCUCAUCUUUUCUUAGAGGUCACAAGGUUGCCAGGUAUUUUCCCUGUGACUUCCAUGUAGACAACUAUGUAGUGACCCUUAGCUGGGAACAUACAAUUUGUCACAAGUAGCCUUUUUGCUAAGACCUCCAAAUGCACAUCAUCUGAGAAAAUGAGCCUUUUGGCACCCUGAAAAUAUGCCUGGGAAAGUGUUUGGGAACUUGAAGCUUUUGGACAUGUAGUUUCUGCUGAAGAGAGGCUGCAGGCACUUUAAAAUAGGGCAGGCAACUUUUGGACCUUUCAGAGGAGAAGUGGAAGGUCUCAGAUGUGCUGAUAGAGGGGAGCAGCUUCUGGAAUUUUGUUCCAAAGGGCAUGGCCAGUAUCAAGGUGGGAAAGGAUUUUGUACUGAGGGCAAUGGCAGUCCAAAUUUUCUGUCUUUUAGUGUAGUUGACUUCAUUUUAACACAGUUUAACUGCAGUUGUUAAUGUUUCCCACAUACUGCUCAUUUGCAUUUUCAGAGCAUAUGCUCUUCCAGACUCCAUACAGCAAUCCAGGGAUUUGGUAACGGAACUAAGGAUUUGAGGAGCAGUUCCAGAAACUUGAACUGUUUCUGUAUAGGAGGAGGAAGGCAAAUAGGUCCAUGAGAUCUAAAUUAAACUUUGGACAUCUCUGAAUAAUAUGUAACAUUCAGGUGUCCAUUCUUUAUAUGGCCAGAUAGAACCAAACUACAUGGACAUGAGUUACUUUCCUGUUGGUCAUAAAAUAAAAAUAUCUCCUUUGUGAUGUUUUAAAGCAAAACAGAUGCAGUCAUUGUUGGCAGUGAUGGAACACCCAUGUAUAAUGUCUUUGGUGUGAUGAUGAUGGGUUCUAAAUGGUUACCCCAGUGCUACCCACUGGAAAAAAUUUAAAUACUUCAUGAACAUCAUUAACAUAUAUUUGGAUCAUUAACCUCACAACAGGCACACUGGUGUUAAAAGAUCUGUCCCUAUUCUCUAGGUAAGAACUAUCUCAAAAGAAUACUGGGGAACCUACUCAAGUUCAUGCAUAUCAAUUAUGCUGUCAUCACAGAUAGUCUACAUUUUUGAAGACAGUUGCUCAAAAAGUAAAGGAGUGUGGAUACACCACAGAAUAUUGAAGAAAAAGUGGGGAGACAGGGGAAUCCUACUGGCAAAAAUUAUUUUAAAAAAUUCACCUUCCUGGAAAUAUUUUUAAAAGUCCAAUGCCGAAAAGUGGGGAGUUUUCACCCUAAGUUAGACGCGCAAUCAUUCUUAAGAAAAAAGCAUAGAGGAUUUUCUUAUGCUGCCUUGGUGUUGAAGAAGACAAUGCUGGGAUGAAAACUGCAAUGCUAAAGGGAACAACUCCUCAGUGUUAGUGAUGACUGUAGGCAACAGCUCAGUUCUCACCUGCCCUCUCAAAGGAAAUAUAACUAUGCUAAGAUGGACCAUAACCCCCAAGGCUGGAGGCCUGUGCACCUUGGUAUACAGGGUUGAUAUGAACAUGACACACAGAACAACCUGCAGUGACAACAUAAACUGGACAUUCAGAGCAGGUCUGCCUCCUGCCCUUGAGAUCCGGCAAGUGGGAAUAGCCCAGGAGGGAAAUUACAGCUGUGAAUUUUCAUCAACAGAAGGGAAUUUCCACAAGAUGUACCACCUGACUGUGCUGGCUCCCCCAAGGCUGAGCCUGUCCUGUGAUGAGCAGGGCAGCCCUGUGUGCGAGGCAGCCGCAGGGAAGCCUCCGGCUCAGCUCUUGUGGGUCCCAGAGAGAAGCUCCACUGCAGAUGAGAAGUGCCACGACAAUGGGACAGUGACUGUUCUCAGCAAGUUCACAGCAUGUAGCACCAAUGUCACCAAUGUGACUACCUGCAUAGUGUCCCACCCAGCUGGGAACUGGAGCCAGACCAUAGCCUGCUGUCCCUCAGAGAAAAUCAACACCAACGUUUUCCUGUAUGCCUGCAGCAUUACUUGUGUUCUGAUGAUUAUCACCUUGCUGGCUGUCAUUUACUAUUUCAAGCUCCACAGUGAUAGAUCAUGCCACAAAACCAAACCUCCUGAAAUUGCUCCUAUACAUUCCCAACAGGAUGACACAAUGGAAGUGGAACCUUAUACCACUUAUGUGCAGAAGGAAAAUGUAAUUUACAACUCGGUGUCUGAUCUGACAGUGGGGCAGAAUCUUCCACAGAACCUGUGUCCAGGAACAUGAAUGAUUCAACAACACCAGAAAAGAAAAGAGAUUCUUUAUAGAAGACUGGUUAUAGAAAGAAACUUGGAGGAUUUCUUCAGAUUUUGGGGCAUCAUAGAUCACUAGGUCUGUUCAAACAUCUCUGCUUGCUGAUGAGUCCAUAGCUCUUUUUUUCUCCCUGUUUUGCCUUCUUCCUUGGGAAAAUGUAUUAUUCCUUGGGAAGAUGUGACAGACCAUACACCAUAGUUUUUCCUGGAAAAGAAGUUGUGACCAGUCUUCCCUUUGCUGUUGUUGCUGUUGUUCUGUCAGUCACUUGUAGUUGUUACUUUGAUGCACUUGACACUAUGAUGUACACAUUUGGGAGACCAGAGGAGUGUUCUGUGUGAACUGAAACAAAACACUCUUCCACCAACAGCCACUUUUUUCUAGUACAUAUGUUAGUAACACAAGACCUGAUGACCUACUGAUCAUCACUGAAUACCUCAAAUAGCAGAAAAUAAUGGUAGGGAAGAAUUAGUUCUGAAAAUGGAAAUAAGGGAUAAAUUUAGAAGGUCAUCCACUAAGAAGGAGACUGCACUAGCAUGACUAAUUCACUUGUUAGGUUAAUAUCCAGUAUUUCAAGAUGCCAUUAUGGGGUGUCAUCCAGAAGAAUCUGGACAAGAUUGAUAAGUGGGCCAAUGGGAAUCUCAUGAGAUUUAAUAAGACCAAGUGCAAGGUGCUGCACCUGGGUUGGGACAACCCCUGGUAUCAACACUGACUGGGGCAUGAACAGAUUGAGAGUAGCCCUGCUGAGAAGGACUUGGGGUGGAUGAGAGGCUGGCCCUGACCCAGCAAAGUGCACUUGCAUCCCAGAAAACCAAACGUGUCCUGGGCUGCAUCCAGAGCAGCAUGGCCAGCAGGGGAAGGAAGGGAUUCUACUCCUUUACUCUGCUCUUGUGAGACCCCACCUGUGGUGCUGCAUCCAGCUUUGAGGUCCCCUGCACAAGCAGGACAUGGACCUGCUGGAGCAGAUCCAAAGGAGGCCAUCAAGAUGAUUAGAGGGAUGGAACACCUCUCCUAUGAGGAAAGGCUGAGAGAGUUAGGAUUGUUCGGCCUGGAAAAGAGAAGACUUUGGGGUGACCAAAUUGUGUCCUUCCAGUACCUGAAGAGAACUUGCAAGAAAGAUGGAAAUGGACUUUUACAAGAGCAUGAAGUGACAGGGCAGUGGGGAAUGGAUUCAGAAUGAAAGAGAAUAGGUUUAGAUAAGAUAUUAGGAGGAAAUUUUUUUCUUUGAGGGUGGUGAGAACUGGAGUAGAUUGACAGAGAAGCUGUGGAUGUCCCACCUCUUGAAGUGUUCAAGAACAGGCUGGAUGGAGCUCUGAGCAACCUGGUCUAGUGAAAGGUGACCCUGCCAGUGCUGGGGGGGUUGCACCUUGAUGAUCUUUAAGGUCCCUUCCAACCCAAAGCACUCUAUGAUUUUGUAAUUUCCACUAAAUAUGUUCAUUCUGUGUUUCAGAUCACGGUAUGAUUAUUUUUCUAUAAGAUUCCAUGAAAAUAUGGCAUUCCUCUCUUUCUUAAGAGUAUAACCAUUAAGGUACUGUAAAAUACUUAUGUUACUCAAAACCCAUGGGUUACUUUAACCAAAAACAAACAUAAAAUAUUUCACAAAACAAAACAAGUACAAAUAUAUCUUCUAUAAAUGUGCAAUAAUGUACAAAAAAGAUAAAAUGCUUGCUAGUUGUAGUAAUAUUUAUUUUUAUUACCAAAACUGAAGUUUUGUUUCAUUUGUAUGUCUAGGUAUUUUACCGAUAUUCUUUUCAAUGUACUUGCAAGUUCACUUAUUUGUAUGCAAAUUAGCUUAUGUAUCUUAUUGUGUCUCAUUUUGAGGUGACCUAUUCUCACCUUCAGAAAAUAUCCCUUGGAAAUAAGUAAAAUAAAUUCUCCUGUAUAUA